AUGGCGUUGCGGCAUCUCGUCUUUGGAGCGGCCUGGGCCGGAUCUGCGGUGGCAGCCUCAGUAACAUGCGCAUCUAAUUUGCCGCUGAGUUGCCAAAACACCACCGCCGUCAGCAAUACUUGCUGCUUCAACUAUCCGGGUGGCCAGCUUCUUCAGACGCAAUUCUGGGACACCAAUCCAUCCACGGGUCCCAGCAACUCAUGGACUGUCCACGGCCUUUGGCCAGAUAAUUGCGAUGGAACCUUUCAGCAGAAUUGCGACGCAUCAAGAGCGUAUACCAACAUUUCGGCAAUUCUGGCAAAAUCAGCGCCUUCUACGCUCUCGUUUAUGCAGACAUACUGGAAGGAUAUUUCGGGCAACGACGAGAGCUUUUGGGAGCACGAGUUUGGCAAGCACGCCACAUGUAUCAGCACCCUUGAUCCGGAUUGCUACACCAACUAUCAGCCAACGCAAGAAGUUGGCGACUUCUUCACGCGAACCGUGAGCUUGUUCCAAAGUCUUCCCUCGUACGACUGGCUUUCUGCGGCUGGAAUCGUGCCUUCGAAAACCGCCACAUAUACUUUGGCGGCCAUCCAGGCUGCUCUCACUGCGCACCACGGCCACAACGUCGUCAUCAACUGCGACAAUGGCGAGCUGAAUGAGCUCUGGUAUCAGUUCAACGUCCGCGGGUCUGUUCAAAGUGGCACAUUUACUCCCGUUGACCCCGUUGGCUCUGCUUCCACUUGUCCCAAGACGGGCAUCAAAUAUCUGCCGAAAUCUGGUAGCAGUGCGCCUACGACGACUUUGAAGACAACUUCCAAGACAGCGUCAAGCACUAAGAGCUCCGGCGCGGGAUCCACCCCUCCACCGGGAGGAGUUCUGUCGGGUAAAGGAGUCCUGUCUGUCGAUACCUCCAGCACGACUGGCGAUGGUUUCUUGAUCAGCAGUGGAGCAUGGUAUCGCGCUGGCGGUACUCCGGCUACUUACACUGCCACGCCAAAUUCCGACGGCUCUACCUUUUCACUCAGCUCCAGCAAAGGAAAGUGUGCUAUCCUGAGUGACUCUUCUUUGAGUUGCGGCAGCUCAGUCUCUACUGCCAGCGGCUUUGCCUACGAUGGCACGCACCUGACUUACCAGGGAUCGGCCAAGUUUUAUGCUGCCGCAUCUCCAAGUGGACAAGCUCAGGGCACAGUUUUCACGAGCACUAAGGCUGUUUCUCUGGCAAUUGCGUGGAAUCCUCAAUAG